AUGGGCGUCGCAGUACGACCAUUCAAGGUGCCGAUGGGCAAAAGGAGGCCGGCGCUUGUUCUCACGGCGGCCACGUUCUCACUGCUGCUGCUGCUCUAUCUGGGGGCGUUUGCAGACUCGGCGCUGCCCGAGCAGCUGCGCGUCUCCAAACCGUGUCGGCCCGAUCUCGACCAUCUGAGACGGAGCAGCUAUGAGCUCACGCAGCAAAUCGUCUACCACAAGCGGUGCCUGCGGGGGCUGCGCAGCGACGAAACCGCCAGGCACGUCGUCUCAGACGUUGCGCAGCCCCUGAUCGAGCCCGGCGGCGGCGGCGUGCUCCAACUGAACCACGGCUGCCGCGGCGCGGCGCCCGACGACGAGCCCUGCGACGCGGUGCCCGUCCACGUGCCGCCGCCGUAUCCGCGGCGCGACUACUCCGAGUUCCUGUUCGGCGUGGCGUCGUCGUCAGAGCGGCUCGUCGACUCCAUCGCGCACUUUGCGCACUGGCUGGGCGACACGGACGCGCGGCUGCUCGCUAUCGUCGUAGACGCGCGCUUCUCAGACGCGCAGAUGCGGCGGCUGACUGCGCAGUACCGCCAGGCCGGCAUCCGCUUCAUCGGCGUGCGGCCGGCCAACGCGUCCAUCGGCGUCAACGAGCAGCACUUCGCGGCCGUCUGCGACCUCGCGCGGCACGCCGACGCGGCCACUCGCUGGGCCGUCAUCAUCGACGACGACACCUUCUUCCCGUCGCUCUGGCCCGUCGCGCAGGCGCUCGGCCGCCACGACGCCGCGGUGCCGGCCUACGUCGGCGGCCUCUCGGAGAGCAGCCACGCCGUCAGCUUCCACGGCCGCAUGGCCUACGGCGGCGGCGGCAUCUUCCUGUCGCUCCCGCUGCUGCGCCUGCUCGAGCCCCAGGUCGACGCCUGCCUGCGCGAGAGCAGCGUCCGCGAGGGCGACGGCAUGCUGCGCUACUGCGUCGAGCACAAGACGGCCGUCAACUUCACCCAGGUCCGCGGCCUGCACCAGCUCGACCUCGCCGGCGACCUGAGCGGCUUCUACGAGUCGGGCCGCAUGCCGCUCAGCCUGCACCACUGGAAGACGUGGCACCGCGCCCCCGUCGACAAGAUGUCCGCCGCCGUGCGCUUCUGCGGCAGCUGCCUGCUGCAGCGCUGGCGCUUCGCCCGCGACACCGUCCUGUCCAACGGCUACAGCAUCGCCGUCUACCCCGGCGGCACCGCCGGCCUCGCCCUGCACCGCACCGAGGCCACCUGGGACCCCCGGGACGACGACUGGGAAUGGAGCCUGGGGCCGCUGCGCGAAAGGGUGCCCGCCGCCGGCAAGAAGAGCUACCGUCUGCUCGACGCCGAGGUCGUCGGGCCCAGCCUGCGACAGCUAUACGUCCACCGGGCGUCGGAUGCCGUGCCCGGCGCGCCGCACGACCCUAGGGACGAGGUCGUUGAGCUGUGGUGGGAUUGGGAGUGA